UCAUUAUCAUAUGACAGUCAGCAAAAAUUGUAUUGAAAAUCCUUCAAGACAAACUUUGUUGAUAUUUUCUUUAAUAAAACAAUAAAAUGGCCGCAUCAAGAGCAGGAAAGUUGUUGGCAGUUAUUGGCGACGAAGAUACUUGUACUGGAUUUCUUUUGGGUGGGAUUGGUGAAUUAAAUAAGCACAGACAACCGAAUUUCAUGGUCGUUGAGAAAGAUACACCAACGGGCGAUAUUGAAGAACAAUUAAGGUUGUUUCUUUCACGCAAAGACAUUGCAAUUGUUUUGAUCAGCCAAUCAAUCGCUGAUGUUGUUCGAUAUGUGAUUGACGCACACACAGACCCAAUACCAAGCGUGCUAGAAAUCCCAUCAAAGGACGCCCCAUAUGACCCUUCUAAGGACUCCAUUUUAAGAAGAGCAAAAGGAAUGUUUAGUGCUGAAGAUUUCAGAUGAACAAACUCAAUAUAUAUGAUUGUUUUAUUUUUGUUAUAAAUUAUCGGAUAUUAUGUCACAAUAAAUUAUCGGAUAUUAUGUCACACGGAUAUUAUGUCACAAAAUGUCACAUUGUUAUAUCAUGUUCAGUGAUUAAAGAUACACGCUGAUAAAGUUUAAAAUGUGAGGAAUGAAGUUUAAUAUGUCAUGUAUGUGAUGAAUAUAAAUGCAAUGCUAUGCAUAUACAUUGGCUAUAUGUGCAAUAAAUUAUCACAACAAACUA